UCGUUAGGCCUAUUCUGUGUCAUUUCAGAAUUCAGAUUUUAGUCAUGAGUUAUGUGUCGAUUUUUAGAUUUGACAUCUCAAAGCUACUCGUGCCGUACAGUUAUACAGUCACCGGCAGCCACAAGGCUCUAAUUGUAAAGAAAUGGCGAAUUCAUUGAAGUGUCUCAUCCAGUAUUUAGAACAAACUAUUUCACCAGACAAGAAUGUAUUGGCCGAAACCCAAUUGGCGUUGGAAAAGUAUGCUCAGGAUGAUAUGGGUCAAUUUAUUUCAAAUAUGUCAGUUGUAAUUGCUGAUCCAAACAACUCACCUAUUGCUCGUCAAGCUGCUGGUCUCCAACUGAAAAACUGUUUGACUGUUAAAGAUGUGACCCUGAAGAAAGAGUGUCUACAGAGAUGGUCAAAACUUGAAGAAGAAACUCGCAUGGCCGUGGUUGAGCGUUUGAUUUCGACCUUGGGAACAGAAAACAUUCAUCCAAGUUGUGCCGCCCAAUGUUUGGCUUACAUUGCGGUAGCUGAAAGUCUCUUCCCGGGAACACUACAGCCUUCUUCUGAGAUAACUUCUCUGGAGGAUUUGCUUUCUGAGCUUUGCGACGUGGUCGUUCAACCAGCAAAUGAACAUCGAAAAGAGGCAGCCUUAGAGGCCAUCGCCUUCAUUUGUCAAGAAAUUCACGUGCUCAUUUUGGUCAACUCUUACACGUCAAUCCUCCAUUCCAUACUAUUUUGUAUGGAGGACAGCAAAUCAACUACAAGAAUUCGUCUGGCAGCUGCUCGAGCUCUACUGAGUUCUCUGGAAUGCAUUUACCCGACAUUUGACACUGAGGAAGGUCGAGAUGCGAUCAUGCAAGUUGUCUGCGACGGCACACAAUCGUCUAGCGUUGAAGAAUCUCUGAUUUGGCUACAAGUAUUGGUAAAGAUUGGCUCAUGUUACUAUCAUCACUUGGAGAACUACAUGGAAUCGGCCAUUGUUCCAAUUACAUUAAAGGCGAUGGCAUCAACCGACUCGGAUAUUGCCUUACAAGGAAUGGAAUUUUGGUGCUCUGUUGCAGAGAUAGAGUUUAAUUUGGCGUCAGGUGCCUACGAUCCCGCACAUGAUGUUGUUCCAUCGUCCUGUUAUGCAGAAAAAGCAUUGCCUAAGUUAGUUCCAUCAUUGAUGUCGGCACUAGUUGGUUGGCAAGACGAUCCAAACGACAUCGACGAUUUUGAUGACUGGACACCAUUUAAGGGAGCUUGUUCGUGUCUGAUGCUUCUAGCUCAAUGCUGUUCAAAUACGGUUGCCACCUACGUUACACCAAAGAUCCUCUUUUAUACCACGAGAUCCGACUGGCGAUACCGCAAUGCAGCAUUGUGGACUAUUGGUUCCAUAUUAGAAGAACUGAAACCAGAGAAAGCUUUCUCUGAAAUUUCUCCCUUCAUGGCCAAUAUUUGGGAGUUAAUUUACGACAAAACGAGCGCUAAAGUUCGCUAUGCUGCUCAAGUCCUAAUGGGUCGAAUUUUUGAAUUUUGCCCAGCUUUAAUUCCUUCAGACCUUAGGAAACUAAUUAAAGGACUACUAGUACACUUGGAAGAUGAUGACCAUCGAGUAGCCGCAGCAGCUAGCAAAACUCUUUCGUUACUAGUCAGAGAAAUUUUCAAAAUAACAUCCGAAAAGAAAGAAGGUGGUACUCGACUGGUUGCGGCCUGGUUUCUACGCUACUACAAGAAAAUCGUUAAAAAACUCUUGGAAUGCUCUGGAAAGUUUCGCGAUUCUCAAAAAUGUGCUGCUCAAGAAGCGCUGGUGGACGUGCUCCUUAAUUCCCCUGAUGUCUGUUACGUAACCGUCAAAGGGACUAUCAAGACCUUGAUGGGACGGCUUCGCUAUGAGGUGGCGGGUAAAGGAGAUGAUUUCCCUUAUGCUAUGCUUUCGAGAGCUAUGAGGAAAUUGAAAGCAGAGGAGAUCCAAAUGCGCCACGACUUCAUGUGUAAAUUGAUGUCGCUUUUAACAUCCGAAGGUCCUCAAGGGGUGGUUAAGGAUAAAGAAGAUGUUUUCUUGGCUACUUCUACGACAAUUGCGCUAUUGCCUCAUGAUGAACUAAACGUGCACUUGCCCGCGAUGAUAGCUUAUUUCAAAUUGUCGGUUGAAUCACGUGACCCUUCCCCUACGGUAGUGAGUCUGAUAGGGGAUCUAUUUAGCGCGCUUGGGACCCAGAGUCUGCCGUACUUGGAUGGCUUCUGUUUGAAUUUAUUUGAUUUACUAGCGCGAAACAAAAUCCCCACAAAAUUACGGUCGAGCUGCGUAGCUGCUUUAAUAGAUAUAGCUAACUCUGUAGGCGUGAAGAAUUUUUGGCCGUAUAUUGCUUACACGUUGACUCAACUUGAGUAUGCUUCCAGUAUUACCGUAAAAAAAGACCCCGAACACGAGGAGCUUCAAGAGAACAUGUUGCAACUCUACACCGCUCUUUUUGUUUUCAUCUGUGGUCAAGUGUCGGGACAGUCUAGCAAAAAGAAGAAGAACCAAGAGCUGAUUUCUCAACUUUCCCUGAUGGAGGAUUGCCUCACGGGAUUUUCAGAGUUGAUGUUGGCCAUCGUAGACGAAGAUGCCUCUGAUGCGAUCAUAAUCGCAAGUGCCGAACUCGUUGGCAUUAUAUUCCAGAAAUUGAGCUUUGACACUGCCAUGAAAUACCUGGAAUCCAACUUAAACCUCAAGUGGUUGGUCAGUGCUGCAGUACACCUCGCUGAUAAUUCACGUGAGUCAAAAGGCGAGUUCAGUGAGCCCAAGUUUGCAAUGUCAGCACUUGAAGCUUUUAACGCUGUUGAAUAAUGAUUAUAUUUUCCCCUUAUAUCAUGGAACCUGUAAAAGCAAAUAUUUAUUUAUCGUGCCAUGAAAAAUAAAAUGAAGGCCAAAUUA